AGUUCACAACAUGACAGAAGAAGGGAAAAAGUUUGGUACUCUUGCCACCCUGGAAGCCGUUAAGGCCAUUCAGGAAAACACAAAUGCGAUGGCAUCAGAUAGGAAAGGAGAGCGAAUGGAAGUGGAUCCUAUAGAAAGUCAGCAUGAAGCUGAGCUACUGGCAGAGUUUGAGCGUAGAAGGCGAGCGAGGACACUCACGCUGCCGACGGACGACGUUCAGGUCAAACUGAAACUGAGGAAGCUAAACCAACCAAUAUGCUUGUUCGGAGAAGAUAUCUUGGAUCGAAGAGAGCGUUUGCGUGCACUACUCUCCACAAUGUCAGAGGAUGAAGUAGCAGCUAUACUCCACACUGAAGAGGGUUAUGUAGAAAAGCCGGACGAGGAGACUACUACCUGGUACCAUCGCGGUCCUAUGGCACUUCGAGCUGCUCGUGUAGCCAUUGCUGACUUUUCCCUACGCAGAGCUAAAGAAAGACUUGCUCGUGCGCGUGAGAAUGCAGCCCGACCGCCGCACGAAAAGGCUCUGGCUCGCCAAGAGGCACAUAAAUGGAUUCAACAGCUGAAUCUCUAUGCCUCUCAAGUGGCCGACACUCGGCCUGUGGCAUUCUGCGAGUUUUCCCCGGAUUCUGAACACAUUGUCACUGCUGGAUGGUCAGGGCAGCCUUGUGUAUGGAAGAGGGAUACAUGUGAGCGGCUUAUACGGUAUACAGGGCAUCAAGGACAAAAUGGUUGUGCCAGGUUUCACCCGCAAGCAUACAUUUCAGCUGACUCUUCUUCGCUGAAUGUAGCCAGUUGUGCUCAUGAUGGCACUGUUUAUCUAUGGUCAUUAGAUAGCGAUAAGCCCAUCGGUGAAUUGGAAAAGCAUGAGAAUCGCGUUUCCAGGUUGGCAUUCCAUCCAAAUGGUCGACAUCUUGCUACAGCAUGCUAUGAUUCUUCUUGGCGUAUGUUUGAUGUGGAAACGGGAGAAGAUCUAUUAUUCCAAGAAGGGCACGCAAAGGCAGUUUCCGAUGUAGCAUUCCAUCCUGAUGGAUCAGUAUCCUUGACUGGAGGACUAGACUGCUAUGGACGUGUAUGGGACUUGCGGACGGGCAGGUGUAUCAUGUUUUUGGAUGGACACACGAAAGAAGUUUACAGCGUAGAUUGGCUUCCUAAUGGGUAUGAGAUGGUGACCGGUAGCGCUGACAACACAAUCAAAGUAUGGGAUCUACGUAUACGAAAGAAUACAUAUACAAUGCCAGCACAUUCCAGUGUUGUAUCUAGAGUAGUAGUGGACAAAAUAGGCCAAUAUCUAGUCUCUUCCAGCUAUGACACUUCUUUGAAGAUUUGGUCUACCUCAGGAUGGCAACCAUUGAGACAAUUGAAAGGACAUGAUACAAAGGUUAUGUGUGUUGAUAUCAGUCCAGAUGGGAAAUGGUUGAUGUCAUCAGCAUUUGAUCGCACUUUCAAACUGUGGACGCAGUCUGAGUACUAGCUCUCCCUAUGCAUCUCAAAAUUGUUCUUUUUUCCUGUGAAGUCUUUGUUGUGCUUGUGCUGUUAAUUAAUAAAAGGGAUA